AAAUUGUCCCAUUAAUAGCGGUUGGCCGGUUGCAAAGUCAAGAUUGUCUUCAUCUUCUCUCACUCUAUAUAAACACUUCCAACCCUUGUACUUUUUCUCACAUACUCACUCAUUUCUUCUUCUUUUUUCUUCUUAUUUUCUAAUUACAUCCAUGGCUCAUGAAGUGAUUCUUCUAGAUUACUGGCCAAGUCCGUUUGGGAUGAGGCUCAGAAUAGCCCUUGCUGAAAAGGGUAUUACCUAUGAGUACAAAGAUGAAGACUUGAGGAACAAAAGUCCUUUGCUGUUACAGAUGAACCCUAUUCACAAGAAAAUCCCCGUUCUCAUUCACAAUGGCAAGCCUAUCUGUGAAUCUCUAAUUGCUCUUCAGUAUAUCGAUGAAGUUUGGAAUGAUAAAGCUCCUUUGUUGCCUUCUGAUCCAUACCAGAGAUCACAAGCUAGAUUCUGGGCUGAUUUUGUUGACAAGAAGAUCUAUGAAACUGGAAAGAACCUUUGGACUAAAAAAGGAGAAGAGCAAGAAGCUGCAAAGAAGGAAUUCAUAGAAGCCCUCAAAGUGUUGGAGCAAGAGUUGGGAAACAAGAGUUAUUUUGGAGGAGACAAACUUGGUUUUGUGGAUGUUGCACUUAUUCCAUUCUACACUUGGUUUAAAGGCUAUGAGACCUUUGGUAACCUCAAUAUAGAGAAGGAGUGUCCCAAGUUCAUUGGUUGGGCUAAGAGAUGUGUCAAGAUUGAGAGUGUUUCUAAGUCUAUUCCUGAUCAGGAUAAGGUCUAUCAGUUCAUUGUGGAGGUCAGGAAGAAGAUGGGCAUUGAGUAGAUUGUAUAUGUUCUGGUUCAUUGUGAGUUUGACAAAAUUGCGGUGGCUUAUUGAAAUUAUGUCAUCCUCACCAUGAAUCAGAUAUCAGAACAUAUACUUAAAUGGUUUCAGUUGUCUUAACCUUUCUGUUAAAAAACUUAUGCAAUAAAAAGACACUUAGAUGUGCCAAACUUUGUGCUAUUAGUAGAAAUUGUAAUGGAUCUAUGAUCUGUUUGUGUAAUAUGUUAGUACUUAUUGGGUUGUAACUUUUAUAGAUAUGGUAAAAACAGGAUAAAAAAAUGAUAUGCUACUAUUUGUUCCCUUUCA